UCAAAAUAGUGCAUCACAAAAUUUUCGCUCGAGUGAUUCUGGAUGAGUACACAUGGAUCUUUUUCCACAACUUGACUUCUAAUCGAAUUAUAGAGAAAUCGAUAGCACUGAGCAAUAAUUAAUGUUGGUGUAAACUUUUAGUUUAUGUUCUUGACAACUAUUUUGAGAAAAAAAGUUGUGAAGAGCCUUGGGAAUUUGUAAAGUUUUUUUUUGAACUUACUUGAACACAUGCAAUGACCAGAUGACUGUGACUGGAUGAAUACAUCAAACCAAACUGUGCAGUAAAAAUGUUGGUCUGCAGUUUCACCAGCUGUCGAUAUGGCCAUGGGGUCGCUAGUUUUUAAACUUUUACAGUCACUUGCUUGCAGACAAAUCAUGGAAGUUGUUUUGUGAAAGUUUUUUAAUCAAGAGUAGUUUACUACUAACCUCACACUCGGUUUAAAGUUAUGUUGAUAUUCUGAAGCUGUGACUGUGUGACAUCGGGGAGUUGAAAAAGGAAAGUUAUUUGAAACGUUUUCAGCGAGCUACCAAAGACUGAAGAAAUCCAUCAUGGCAGAUGUUCCUGUUCUUCGACCGAAAGGCAUUCCAACAAUAUUUGGUGAACUUGAAGAGAAGUGCAUAACUUUUCUUCUCGAUACAUCAGGGAGUAUGUACUCUUAUCUUGAAGUAGUCAAGGAUCAUCUGAUUGAAAGCCUCUUAACACGUUCCUUUAAGGAGAGAGGAACAAUGUUUAACAUCAUGGAGUUUUCAUCCGAGGUGAUUCCGUGGGCAGACCGUAUGGUGAAAUGCACCCCACAGACAGUCACCGUCGCUGGAGAAUGGGUAAAGAAACUAGGCUGUAAGACUGGAACGAACACACUGGAUGCUCUUUUAGCAGGUUUCGCUGAUCAAGCGUGUGACGCAGUCUACUUGGUAACAGAUGGUCUUCCUGAUCAACUGCCAGAAGAGAUUCUGCAGCACAUUGCAAUCGCCAGUGACGGUCGUCCUGUACACGCUGUGUAUUUAGCUAGUGGUAUUGCCGAUGUCCACGCUUGCGAUUUUCUAACAAGUCUUGCGACUGAAACAGCUGGAACCUUCCAUUCAAUCAGUCUGUCAAAUAAAGGAUGUAUCGAAAGCGUCAGAGUGGUCGUUCGCUCUGAUUACGCUCCUGAACCGACCCCAACGCCACCCCAUACAACUCUCACUAACCCACCGAUGAGGAAUGUCAAAGUUUAUAGCUCUUCACCUGCUUACAAUAUCCCAGCAACGAGUAUCAAAACAACUCUCCAAAACCUUCCCAAAACAAACACCAUCACCUAUGUGAAUGAGUCCGAAGGCGUGGGUACAAAAACCUGUAGUGUAACGACCGCUGUUGAUCACGAUCCCAUCGAUAUCAAACUAAUAAGUGUUGACAAUAUCCCAACGCGGGUGAUUCGAACGGAGAAUGUCCACUCACGAUAUCCCGAUAUGACUUGGGAAACCCACCGUCCAGCAACGACAAGACUCGUCCGGAGAUUGCUCGCUAAUGCUGAUACUUCAUCGGUUACUGGAGGAGUUCUUCUACAGGGAAUGAGGGUCUUGGCCAGGAGAGAUAAGGACGGUUUCUACUGUCUUGGAUCCGUCAAGCAACAGAUCACAGCCAACAGUACUUUCCUAAUUGAGUUUGACAAAGAACCAAGCUCCAAAGCACAUCCUGUACUUCAAGAAACUGCAAUUUAUGACAUCAUUUCCUACAACGAUGCUUCAAGACAUUCCAUCGCUGCUGGAGAUAAAGUGCUCGCUCCGACAGGGAAGUUGAAGUUUCGCUUUGCUCCAGGAACAAUCUUAGAAGGACUGGAGGGAAGGUCCUCAGGAUGUGCGGCAGACACUGAAGGUCUCAUAGUCAGCUUUUUUGACGGAAAAUCUGACAAAAUUCCAAAGCAGACUUCUAUUUGGAUUCCUGGUCAGCUGUACGAGAGAAUCAAAUUGGAAAUCCAGAUGCCUAUUACGGCCCGACAGUACCUCCUCAACAACCCCCACUACCCAAUCAUGCUACCUCCGGGUUACACCACGGGACAGGGAACUGGAUACCUCGCGAAACCCGGGAUCACGCAGGACUUGGGGUACCUACCGGGUUACGACCCUCGGUUUGAAACGGUUGAAAAAUAUCCAGUUUAUGUUCCCGUCUACCAAGAUGCCCCACCCACUUUUGGAUUCAGGAUGCCGUCAAUCAGAGAUAGCGUUGUGAAGAGUGAAGAUGUACACCGUCUCAUCCCGGGUACCAGCUUAACCAAAGAGGAUCUGAACCGAAAGGUGAUGCAACAACUGAUGGAUAACAAGAUGAUUGGUAGAAUGCCUAAGGAACCCAAGACGCCCAAGGAGACUGAGAGGAGAGCAUCUCCACCACAACAAGAAGGGAUCUUAAGGAAGAGUGUCUCCUUCAGGAGGGAGGAUGGAGAGUUGGAUUCAGGGAUUGAUUCAUACACAGCCGGCACCGGUUUGAAUUAUGAAUCUCAGUCUGAACCAGAAUCAGACAAUGAAGAUAAAGAUAUGCUGAUUGACACUGGUAUGCAGACAUUAUCACUCAAAGACUCAGGGGUGGGUACGGACUACAGCCUGUUAUAUAACUACCGUCCGGAUAGCUCAUUGGAAGAGCGCCCUCCCUGGCAGUACUGGAACCCCGAUACCAAAUCAAAGCGUCCGUCAUCAGCAAAGAAGAGCUCUAAAGCCAAACCAUUUCGUGACACAGUUCUCAGUGCGCCAGCCGAAGCAAAAUUUCAACCCGUCUUAUCUGAGCCGAUCUCUGCAACAUCAAAAGCCAAGCAGCAAGCACUCUUAGACACAAUCGACCAAGAGAUUCGUACUGAUCGAGCUCAACUGGAGUGGAUUCAACGACACCCCCAUCCUCCUCUCCGCCUUCCCUAUGAACCCGAGGUGGACAACGGGCCUGUUAAUCGCAGCGGAGCGUUCAACACAGUUGAUCACACUGUCAAGAGUGAUCGGGCACAUCUAGAAUGGAUCCUAAAGCAGCCUCGACCCCCACAAGCUAAGGUCAAAAAGCAAGGGGCACCAGCUUAUCGGAAGGUCAACAGUCGUGAUAUGGUCAGAGAGGCAAGAGAAAAGGCCUACUUAGAAUACAGGAGAAAUCAAGUGAUGCAGUUAGAGGCUCACUUUGCCGAGUUGGAGAACGGUGCACGGCAGAUGAAAGAAGCCAAGGAAGAGCGAUGCAGUGCAUCACUAGCUGUACAGGAAUCACUGAUAAUGCGAUAUGACACGUCACACCUCGCACACACUAAAGACGCUUUCAAGAUUACAGACAAAACAUCAGAACCUGAAUAUAAUAAUAUUGAUACCUAUGCCUACAGAGUCCCCAGUGGUAGUACCCAGUCUCCUUUAACUGAAAGACAAGGACCUCAGGAAAGGGCAUUAAAAGUCCACGAAAGACCACAGGGAAGGGCAUUAACAGUCCACGAAAGACCACAGGGAAGGGCAUUAACAGUCACUGAAAGACCUCAGAAAAGGGCAUUAGCAUUCCACGAAAGACCUCAGGAAACGGCAUUAACAGUUCAAGAAAGACCUCAUGAAAGGGCAUUAACAGUCAAAGAUGUUGUUUUCAGUGAGCGGAUGACUUUAACCCCACCUCUUGAGUCAAAACUAAAUGAUCAGCAACCCACAAGACAGGAUAUUUCCCCAAGAGGACAGAUUGUAGCGAAUCCAUACAUAGUAAAUCAUUCUUAUACUAUUAUUCCAAAUUCAAUCCCUCAACAAUCUGAAGGAUAUGUAGUGAAAACACAAAAGAACUCUCGAAGUGACAAAAUUCACCGCUCAAAAUCCACUGGGGUCAAAUCACUCCAAAUGAUGUCACAACUUCAAAAGGGCACCACCAAGGGGCAGAAGAAAAACAUUCAAUUGACAAAAGCGAAAAGCAGCCAGAUGAGAAAUCAAGAGUUUGAGAAAUCACUGCUAGCUUUGUUUGAGAACUCGCAGUCACAUGAGCACAAUGCUGAAGAUAUGCUGAAUGCUAUGCAGCUGAUGUUAAUGGAUAAAUCCUCUACCCAAAGACCUGUGUUGAUGAACCCCUCCCCACCUCAUGAACAAUCCAAAGAUAGAUUUACUCAGAAUCAAUCAACAAUCAGAAUAGUACAACAUUUAGAAGAAAAAUCCAGCUCAUCUGUGACUCAAAACCAUGCUGCUAACUCAUAUCAAAACAGACCUUACCAGCAGACAUUCUACCCAGAAAGAAAAUUCAUGUCACGUAACACGCCAAACAUAACACACCCAGACAUUACCCAGAACACCAUCACUCAAAGAAAUGUAUCUCAAAAGCAGUCGCUUUCUGAGCAGACAGUUACUCAGAACUCGACAAACAAAAACUUAGGUCAAGCUAGUCACACUGUCACAGUAACAGAAAAAUCUGAGGUGUGCACGGAGGUCAAAUCGGCUGUUCAGACGUCGAUGGGAAUGAAAGCCCAUAAUGCUAUCGCUCCUAAACUACCUCAUCAGAAGUUUGCAGCGGAUGUAACAAGACGUGACGUCCAGCGUCAGCGAGACAGUGAAGCCAAGUUAAAGAGCAUCCACAACGCUAAGCGCACCGUUAGCUCCAGCAUUGCCCAACAGCAACAGGAGCGAUCUAAUUCAGAGGCUGAUAGGAAUGCUCAGAGGUUAGACGCUUUGAGGACGAGGACGCAGAGACGGGAAGAGAUUGUUGCUCAGAGGGAGAGAGAGAUUCAUGAUACUAUCAGACGAAGACAGGACAUCAAGCAGCAGAGACAAGAUGACCUCACAAGACGACAUGUGCAGAAAUUGAAUAAAGAAAAUGACCAAGCAGCUUCCAGGGAAAACCAAAAACGAAACAACGAGAUCCAACGUCGAGAACACUACUACAACAAAGAGCAGAAGAAUCAAGAAGCGAAAGACCUUAGGCUCGCUGUCAGGGAACAAAAAAUGCAUGAUUUACGUUCACAGGUUCUGCCUUAGUUAAGCAACUUUUGUACAUGUAUUUAACUUUAUACAUGAUCUGGGGUUGAGCCAAGAAAAAAUUUACUAGAGAGGGAUUUGAACCAAAGACUACUGGAUUAACGUGCCGGCAUUUUACCAACUGAGCUGUCUAGCCCUAUGUUGAC